UACACACACUCACUCACACGCGCGCGCGUCAGGACUUCCUUGGUUCUUUUUUCUUUUUAAUGACAGAAAAAAGCACUUCCUCGAUUCGUGUUUCCUGAACUUUGACCGCAAACACACGCGGAAAAACUCAAAGCGGAGGUCCAUGGCAUUGCUCGAUGUUCAGAUACGUUGGAGAUGAGUUUGACAAUAAUUCUUGAGGAAACGUUGAUUAAACGUUCUCAACAGAAGAAACGAACAUCUCCACUCAAUUAUAAAGAGAGGGUGUUUGUGCUUACCAAGAGCAAACUCUCGUAUUAUGAGCUCAGAGCUGAUAAGAGGGUGAAGAAAGGCUCAGUGGAGCUGCACAGAAUCAAGUGUGUGGAGAUUGUUAAAAACAGUGUGACUGUUAUUCCCUGUGAAAACAAAUAUCCAUUCCAGGUCGUUCAUGAUUCCAUCACGCUGUAUAUUUUUGCUCCCAGUAAUGAGAGCCGGAGCAUUUGGGUUCAGAGCAUCAAGGAAGAGAUUAAGAAUAACGCUAUGAUAGCGGCGAAGUUUCACCCUCAGUUCUGGCAUGAGGGCGAGUGGUUGUGCUGCGGGCAGGUGGAUAAACUCGCCCUGGGCUGUGAGGGAUACAACUUAUUUGGAGAUGUUUCACGUAAACCUCUUCCACCAGUACCUUCAGAUGACCAGAUGAUCAGUGUUUCUUUGAGUCGGCGCCCUCCCCCUCCCCCUCCACCCACACAGAAAACACAACAGGAAGAAGUGGGCUCAAGGGAGGAAGUGGUCAUCGCGCUGUAUGACUUUGAAGGACAAGAGCUUCAUGAUCUGACAUUGAAGAAGGGAGAGGAGUACGUGAUCUUAGAGAAGCGUGACAUCAACUGGUACAGAGCACGAGAUAAGCACGGAGUGGAGGGCUACAUUCCAAGCAACUAUGUGACAGAAAAGGAGUCGGACAAACUUGAGCAGUUUAUGUGGUUCUGUAAAAAUGUCAACCGCAACAAAGCUGAGGAUCAACUCAGAAAAGAGGGUAAAGAAGGUGGAUUUAUGGUUCGAGUGUCCAGCACAGGCACAUAUACUGUAUCUCUGUACACAAAGAACACAGGGGAUGGAUCACCUACAGUCAAACAUUACCAGAUUAAAGAAAUACACGACUCAUCAAAAAAAUUUUACCUGGCAGAGAAAUACAUCUUCAGCAGUAUACCUGAACUUAUAGAAUACCACAAACACAAUGCUGCAGGUCUUUUGUGUCGGCUGCGUCAUCCAGUCGGUGAUCAGAUGAGAGAAGCUCCAACAACAGCAGGAUUCAGUUACGAUAAAUGGGAGAUUAACCCGUGUGAGCUGACGUUCAUGAAGGAACUGGGCUGCGGGCAGUUUGGAGUGGUCAGACUGGGCAAAUGGAGAGCACAGCAUAAAGUGGCCAUUAAAACCAUCAGAGAAGGAGCCAUGAGUGAAGACGACUUUAUAGAGGAAGCCAAGAUCAUGAUGAAUCUGUCUCACCGUAACCUGGUGCAGUUAUAUGGUGUCUGCACUCAACAACGACCCAUUUAUCUGGUGACGGAGUUCAUGGAGCUCGGCUGUCUGCUGAAUUUCCUCCGUCAGAGGAGAGGAACGUUCACAGAGCAGGACCUGCUGAGCAUCUGUCACGACAUCAGUCAAGGGAUGCAACAUCUGGAGGAACACGGAUUCAUACACCGAGAUCUGGCUGCCAGAAACUGUCUGGUGAACAGCUCUUUGGUGGUGAAAGUGUCAGACUUUGGGAUGGCCAGGUAUGUUCUAGAUGACAAGUACACCAGUUCCUCAGGAUCAAAGUUUCCAGUCAAAUGGUCUCCACCUGAAGUCUUCAACUUCUGCAAAUACAGCAGCAAAUCUGACGUCUGGUCUUUUGGUGUGCUGAUGUGGGAGGUGUUCACUGAAGGGAAGAUGCCAUUUGAACACAACGCCAAUCAUGAGGUGGUUCUGAAGGUCAUUCAGGGACAUCGACUCUAUCGGCCCAAAAACGCUGCAGUGCACAUCUACAGAAUCAUGCAGAUGUGCUGGAUGGAGAGCGCAGAUGAACGGCCGACGUUCUCCAACAUCUCUCUGAUGAUCACUGACGAGCUGGAGGCGGAUGGUCCUGCCUCGUGAAAAAUCUACGAUGUCUUUACGGUUAUCUUGUUGGGAUUAGUAUAUUUAUGUAUAUAAUUUAUUCAUACCUUAUUUAAUGUUAUUGAAUGAAUUUUGUAUCAAAACAAAAAUGCCAUUUCUAAUUAUGUGAUGAUGUCAUGUGGUCUAUAUAAGAAAAUGGGUGGAUAGAUUGUCGAACACGCUGAGGAAGUCCUAGUAGCCGAAAUGUCUGUAAAAAAGAAGUGUGUAUCAUUAUUUUAAUGUUUUGAACUGCUGGAAAGUGAUUCUUGCACCCAUGAAGAGAUUACAUGUUAAUUGUGGAAGACGAGUGAGCGCAUUGGAUAGUCUGAUCGCACUUUAAUUGACGAGCUCCGGUCAAAUGAUGAAUUCAUGAAUGUUUCAGAGAGUCGUUUUUGCUGUUUAGUUUCAAUAAAUGUGUUUUGUUUUUUGAUCUGCAGUGGAAGAUUUGAGUCUGAAAGUUACAUUCUGUUUUCAUAGUACAAUGAACACUUUUAUCUCAGACGAUCAAGAUGAAUCAGAUUUCUCAUAUGACCCCUUGACAUUGACAUUUGUUACCUCUGAGUCCUGAUCAUUACAAUGAAUAACAGUCAGAAUGUGUUUGAAUGCUGUAAAAUUCUACUGACAGAAAAGCAGCUUUAAUGUCACUGUCAAUAAACG